ACAGUCUCACACGCUUAGCUUCCCUCUCUCUCUCUCUCUCCCAUCGUCAUAACAUAAAGGUACAAACGAGCCAAGGCUUGUUUGUUCUCUGGUGUGUGCUCUCUUUGAAGCUUUCACAAGAACUUUCUCACUCAGACACCCAUCAAACAGGUAGGACUUGGAAUGGGGAAGAAGCUUGAUGCCCUGCUGGGAAGAACCUUCAAGACCUCCAAAUUUAGAGCCACUGUCAAUCUCGCCAUUUCUCGGCUCGCCGUCCUAAAACACCAGCGCCAAGCACGGUUCUCCCUUGCCCGGUCUGAUGUUGUUCAAAUCCUCAACCUCGGCCACCAUGAAAGAGCUCUUCUACGGGUAGUUUUCUUAACCCUUAACCAGUUAUAUUGUUAAACAACCAUUACCUCAUUUACGCCCUUGAAUUGUUAGAGAAGAUGUAUGUAUCAAAUAUUUAUACUUCAAUACGUCCACAGUCAAACCGUGCAAUUUUUUUAAUUAUCAAGGUGGUGGCAUGAUUCAAAUGCAAUAAGAGAACACGUAACAAUAAUGUUUCUAUUUUUAAUACAGAUAUAUAUACAAAGACUUUUCAGUGGUUUUUAUUCAUUGUUGUGUUUGAAAUGAUCGUUUUUGACAGGUUGAACAAGUGAUCAAGGAGCAGAACAUGUUAGCUGUAUUUGAAUUGAUAGAAGGCUAUUGUGUUCUGGUGGUAGAUAGGGUGAAUCUUGUAGAGCACGAAAAGGUUUGUCCUGAUGAAUUGAAGGAGGCAGUAUCAAGCUUGAUUUAUGCAGCCACUAGAUGUGGGGAUCUCCCAGAGCUUCAAGAGAUUCGCACUGUUUUCACUUCUCGAUUUGGGAAGGAAUUCGUGACCCGUGCUGUUGAAUUACGCAACAAUUGUGGAGUGAGUCAUAAGAUGAUACAAAAGCUGUCAACAAGAACACCAAGCUUGGAGAACAGAUUGAAGGUGCUUAAGGAAAUUGCUUCUGAGAACAACAUUGUUCUUCAAAUUGAGGAAUUUUCUUCAGAAACAACAGAGGUGCUGGAGAAAUCAGACGCGGAACAGAAGCAGGAUCAGCCCAAACCAGAUCCACCAGCUCAUUCUAGCAGUCCUAAGCUUGAAGAUAAUAUGCCAAUAUGGCCUGAGGAGAGUGUGAGUGUGGAUGGUUUCUCUAAUUCAAUGGACACAAGGAGAAAGUACAGGGAUGUAGCUGAUGCAGCUCAAGCAGCAUUUGAAUCUGCAGCUUAUGCAGCCGCAGCCGCUAGAGCAGCUGUGGAACUCUCUCGGUCUGAGUCACAUGAUCCCGAUGAUCCCAAUAGCCCCAAUAUGCAACAAAGAAAAGUAGCUGGCAUUGCUAUGAAACCUAAACUUCAAACUGGUGAGGAAGAUGAGUCGAGAAUUGAGAACUUGAAUAUUGGAUUACCAUCUGAAAAAGUCCACCCAAUUCAUAACUAUCUUUCUGAAUCUGAAGAUGCUGAAACGUGGAUUGGAACUAAGUCAGGAAAAUCCAUACAGGCUAAAAAUGAAGCAGAGCUCAACAGAUCAGUGUCUUCUUCAAGUUCAGAUUCAGCUGAUAACGCGUUUAAGGGGACUAAAUUUCCUUCAUACUUUGAGGAUCAGAGCAAGCCCUUUGGGACUGGAAUAGAUUUUGAUGGAAGUGAUGAUGAGAUCAAUACAGUUGAGCAUGAAGAACUCUCAGAAAGGAGUGGUGCAAAGGACUACUACACUUCUCACAACCACUUCCCUCUAAGUUCUCAAGCUGGCCUGGAGGAAAAAUCAGGGCCUGGGAACCCCAAACCACAUUUUGCUGAAGGGUCCAGGACCAGGGCACACAGUGCACAGCGUUUGAAUGCAGAGAACAUACCAAUCUCUGUUAGAACCAGGCGAGGACUGGGACGGUAACAAGGAUAUAAAGCAGAGGGAUGUCUUCUUAAGUUUUGUGAGUUUCAGUGUUGUUAUAUGCUGAGUCUGGAUUUUAGUUUUAUUUGUUUAUUUUUUCAAUUAAUAUUCUGUGAGAAUGUGACAUUAUAUAAUGUAAUUGGAUGGUGAGUGAUCUUAAUCUUUUAUGUAGAGCAAAAAUUAUU